CUUGGCUUAUAAACCUUAGGUAGGUAAAGACCGAGGGAACCAAGACACCAUGCCCAACCCCUAGCCCCCUAACCCCUAUUUCCUAUCCCUUAACACCGUAAAGAGAAGAGAACAUGACUAGAUAUUGCUCGCAUCGAGAGUCCCAUGCAACAUAUUACGCCCCCUUAAACACUUUAUAUUUUUGUUUAUUAUAUCUUCGAACGAUAUACGAUAUAACGAUGUACGAUAUACUUCCAGAGCCAGGCCCAACAGACGUUAGAAGGCCAACCACCCGAAUUGAAUCAAACGAAGCUGUAAUCAGAACCCAAAAUUCGCUACAUAUAACAGAGAUAGAAAUCCCAGACAACCAGAAGAAGAGCACAGUCCAUCAAGCGGCGCCAUCCUAUGCACAGCACAUCCGCCAUGAUCACCACCAUCACCACCGCCAGCAUCCCCAUCUCCAGAAACCUCAGCCCGAACAUUCUCUCCCGCAGGGGCAGUACGCCAGUCCACAGGAAGCCAAUAUGCGCGUGAUCUCCCCCUUGCCCGCCAAGCUCGACUGCCGCAGCCUGCUCUCGACUCUGCGUCUCGAUAACAUCGCGUAAGUUGACUCCGGCGCCCUGCGGCCCGGAGGCUGGUCUGGUACGGCCUCGACCUGUUCAUCAUCGCGAACUGCGCCAUCUGCUCUUCCCUCCGCACGUUCCGCAUAGCCUCUGCUUCAUGCAUUUCUCCGAACUCCCGUGUCUGGGCUUCUACAUAUAAAGUUAUAUUGCGCUGCCGUCACUCGUGGCCCAACAGAUCCUCGACGCUGGUGCUCGACGUUUGGAUUAUCUGAUGUUUGCUUUUCAUCCACAUCCGUCUGAGCUGCUAUGCGUGCAGCUAGCUUCUGGUCUAUUUUUGCCGUAUGCUCGU